GCAGAAAGAGAGAGAGAGAGAGAAUCUGCUUUACAGUGCUUAAGAAUCAUACCAAAGUAGUAAUAUUGAAAUAUCCAUUAAUAAAAGUUGGAUUAACAAAACAAAAACUCCAAAAAUCUCAUCAGUGCAUAUACAAUUGCAGGUAAUUUAUACAUGGAGUACACAGGUAAACUUUUAAUCCAAGAAUAUAUUUACUCUCAUUGAAGGGUUUGGUAAUACACAAAUCCUUUUUUUUUCUCUUUCACUCUCUCCCUGAUUUAAACUAGUUUGGCUAUUUGUCAAAGGAGAAAGUCAUAAAGUUGACCAAAGGAUACAUAAAAUUUGUGUUGAAGUAAGCAAUCCAGAUCAACACAACAUGGCCCAAAGGGAUGGGGAAGGACUCAUGGAGUCAUCUAACAAGAAGAACGAAUUUGUCAACAAAUAAAGAAUGGACGCAAUUAAAGUGUUGGCUAAGGGCAACCGUUUGUCGUGGAUUUACUUAUUAGCAAACUAUGUGUGAAGGGAUAUGGUCAGUGUUUUUCUACACUGUGUGAUAAGCCUACCACCUACCCAACUUUCUACUCCUUGGUUUCGUUUUUUUUUUCUUCCUCUACCUGAGAUUUAAUGUUUAUACAUGAAGGAGCCUUUUUAACGGAUUAAUAGAAAUAACAUAAUGAGCAUUGCCUAGUCGUGACUGAUUGGGAUAAAAUGAAUGGUUAAUUCGUGGUGUCAAAAUAGGGAAUCUGGAUUUAUUUGAUCGGUGUGUUUGUGUUCCAGUUACAACCAUGUCAUAAAGUCUUUGAUUUGAUCAUUUGAGAAGGAAAAAAAUAUUUGAAGAAACUUGAACAAAUAGUGCAUAUUUGUAACACAAUCUUCACAUAAUAUGCAGUCUGUCACACUGGAUUUUAUUCAAAAGAAAAACUUUUUUGUAUGAAACUUUGGUUAAUGUUUCAUAUGGAAAGGUGAAUUAGCAAGUUAAUAAUAAAAAAAUGGCAGCUUGUGCAGAAAAAUUGUGUUCUGAAGAAGAGCCCAGUGAGGAGGAAGAAUGCAGGGAGGACUACUUUACAAUUGACCUCUCAACAGGUCAAAUGAUCAAUGAGAAGGACUCUGUGAUUGAAGAUAGAAUCCAGGCUUGUUGUGAUUCUAUUCAGACACAAAGUGAUCCUACUGAAAAAGAAAAUGACCCAAAAGAGGUUUUAAAGACUAUGCAAAGAAAAGAUUCAUCAGAAAAUAUUGUGAUAGAGAUCCGACCCAAUGUCCUAGCUCCCUCCCCACCCCCCAUGGAGUUGAAGAGAUCUGGCUCCAUGGAAAAUGUGUCUGCAAAAGACUAUCUAGUGGCGAGAGCCAACAGAAAACAGAAAAUCAAGCAGAAAAAUCUAGAAUUACAGAAAAGUCCGGACACUAAAGAUGUCAAAUAUCAGUUUCCUACAAAGUCCCCAAUCCUAAGCAAAAGGACGAAACACAAGAGAACUAAUUCAGAUGGAAUCUUGAAAAAUCAAGAAAUCAAUAGUCAUGGAUAUUGCAUGGAUAUUGCAAAAGAAAAUUCAAUAGAAAAUGUAUGUGUUCAAGGUGAAAAGUCGUGUACUAUAGAGCCUGAUAAUGAUUUAACUAAAAAUAAACAGGAGUAUGGUUUGGCAAAAUGUGAAUCUGUAACAGGGGUGAACAUUUUAGACACAAAUGUAGUCAGUGAAAAUGAAAAACAUUUAGUGGCAAGUCAUGAAGCAAGGCUUCAUAAAAAUAAUGACCAUCAACCUAAUGUCCAAGCUGAAACAAAUAAUAACACAGAAGAUUUAAGAGAAUCAGAAACAGUCCACAAAAAUGAAACAUUAUCAACACAAGUUAGUGUACAUGGGAAUGCAUAUACAAGCUUAGAACCUAAUGUUGAUGUCAAAAUUAAUACAAAUGAGGCCAUUAACAAUGAAGAAGUGACCCCUGCAGCAGGGGAUGAAACUUGUGAACCUGACACUCAUGAAGAAGAUAAUUUUGAUCCAUUUAAUGCAUCAGAUGAAGAUGAUGGGGGUAACAUUCAAGUUACAACAUUCUGUAUGCAAAAGUUUGAUGAUGAUGAAAAUGACGGUGAUGAUGAUCUUGAUGACCUUCUGCAAAAUGUUCCUCUUGUACACAGUGAUGAAGACAUGUUUCAAGCAGACGGCAACAACCAAGACAAGUAUUUGGUGAAGCCUGCUUGCCCUCAAACAUUUGCUCAAAAAGAUGACUCUUUUUCAUUGGCCUCUAAUGACACAUGUUUUGAGAGAGUGCCAGAAAGUGAAAUUAAGGUGUUAGAGGAGGGUAAGGUGAACAAAAUUGAAGAAGCUAUAAAUACGUAUGAAAUCUUAAGUACACUUAUGGAAGCGGGAGAAGUGAGACCUUCUACAGAACAGAGCACAUUACUCUCAACAAAUAAUGAAAAUGAACCAAGUCUUGAGGAUCAGUACACGUUUUCUGAGGAGAAAACUCCAAGCAUAAAAACAACCAAAGCAGAGGACAAACUUCUAAAUGAAUUAUCAGAUAAAUUGGGGGCAACAGAAAAAUAUAGUGAUAAAAACACUGGAGAUUUUGAAUCCAUCAAGGAAAAAAGUAAUGAUUUUAGAGAUAAGGGCGAUACAGAAUGUUGCGUCUUAAAAGGUAAACCUCAAAAGGAAUCUGAUUCCAAGAACUUAUCAUUAAAAGCUAGUUUAGAAACUUCAGCAUUUACAAAACCACCAGAGUCAUAUAUUUCACACAAAUGUCCUGAUGAUCAAAUUUGUGCAGGUGAACAAUUAAUAUGUAACACACUAGUUAUAAAUGACCCAACAGAAACAACAAAUCUAGAAUCUCAGUCAUUGGUUACAUGGGAGGUCCAAACUUUAGAAAGCAUUGAAGAAGAAAAACCCACAGAAAAUCAAAGUGAAUAUCUAGAAACUAACUUGGAUGAAGAAAUUCCUCAUGAAACAUUACUGACUGAGAACCAGUUCAAAAAUAUAAGUAUCCCCACUGUGUCCACUGAAAAUGAUCCAUCAAUCAUUGCUCAGACUCCAGAUGUAGGUACUGGCUGCUCAAGUGUGGCCCUCAGUACUGGAAAACACCAUGAAACCCAAAAACAAAAACAAGAAGAAAUUGAAUCCUCUGACAUAAUAUGCUCCAAAAUAGAACAACAUUCAAAUGAUUCAUGUGAAAUAAUGUCCCCUGAAUGCAACACAAUUCAACAUUCAGAGCAGAACUUGUCAAAAGACACCACAAAUAUUUGCCAAAAUUUUUCACAUGCAGCGUCCCUAGAAUUUGUCAAUUCUGAAAGGCUUAAAACUGUCACAAAUGAAGAAGUUUUAUCAGAAAAUAUCAAUGACGUAUAUACUGUAGACAACUCCAACGAAGGGAUUCCAGAACUUGGUGAUAAGACAGAUCCUCACACUUCUCCUGAUCCUGAAACUAUUCCGGAUCAUAACAACAUUUGUAUUAUUGUACUGAACCUUGAGACUGAGAGCAAGGGCAUUGGCUCAGAUUGUCUCAUUCUGCAAGACAAUAACCAUGGCACCCAGGAAACCAAUCUGGGUAGUUCCAAUUCUUCAGAGGAUGUGUCUGAGAAAGAUUCCUCUGGUACCAGUAAAUUUCGAUCUGUGGAAAAUUCCUUUGAAACUGAGGAGGAAGAGAGUUUUGAAAUGGUUCCACUGGAGCUAUGUACUUCAGAAAUCACAGACAAUGAUUCAGAAAAACCACCUGCAGUUGACCUAGAUGCUAAAAAAGGAGAGAGUGAAUUUAGUGUCUUUAAGCAUGAUCUUCUACUGAAAAAUCUCAAGCUGAAGUCCUGUAUAAAGACAGACUCAGUGACAACAGAUGGUGACUAUGAAGUUGAAGAGAUAAUGAGGAAUGAAGUUAUCAAUGACUCUGAAGAAGUGUUCCAACCAAUAGCCACUGUGGCAGCAGAGAUCUGUGAUGAAUUCACUAUAGAUGACAGAAAAGAGGCCAUCUUUCUUGAUGGGUCUGACACAGAUAUGGAAGAGGGUGGUCAAAGUUUGGAGAGACUGUCUGACAACUAUUUGAGUGGCUGCACUAGUGAGGACUCAGUGUAUGAGGAUGCUCAUGACUCCUCAGGUGAGGACUACACAACCUGGGACACAUUCCAGAGAUUUCCUUCUACACAUGGCAACAGCGAUGAAAUGGAGGUAGAUGAGGAGUUGAGUUCUAGUCUCAAACUCAAUAAGGUCUUCCCAAAGGAAACUGAAGAGGAUGGAAAUAAUAAGGAAGACAUGGGUACUCAACAAUACAAAACUGUUAUCAACCUAGACUUGGUUGAAAACCGGUCUUCAGUCCAGACUGAAACAACUGGUUUGGAUGAGGAUCAGUCUCAUUAUGGGGAAAAUAGAUGUGUGAUUUCAAUUGAUAAAACUGAUUCAAAAACAAAAUUAAUUCCCUGUACACCACCAAAGGAGAAACUCCAUUGCAAAUCUCCAUGUAUGAUGGUUGUGCCUUGGCGAAAGAGUACAAAAACUUGUCCCUGUGUUUUAAACAAGAAACGACUUCGGGCCACAGUGAAAAAGUAUGUCAAAGGUCAAGAUCAGGGCAACCUUGUAAAUCACCGAAAAAAGCUCUAUGACAUAAUACACAGCAUGAACAAAAGAGAGACCAUUACUUUACCAAAUGCUUCAGACUUUGACAAUGACAUGAUAUGGAAAUUACUGAAAACAUUAAUCAAUCCAAAUGAGGAGCUAUUUUCCCAGAAUGAACCAGACAGUUCUGCUAGUCCCCCCUGUAGUACAGAGAAGGAGGACCUCAUCAAAGUAUUCACUUACUUACACCCCUCCACCAACAAAACUAAGUUUGAAUUUAUUCCUUUAAAGACCCCGAAAAAGAAGACGCUGCCUUUCAAUGUGAAGGAAUUGUUUAAUAAGGAAGUCUCUAAAGCUAGGAAGAAGAAGGAGGUCAGUAGAGGCCUCAUCUUCCUGAAGAUGAUCACAGGGAAGAACAAGUUUAUCAAGGAGAAGAAGUCCUCUCCAGAGAAAAAAUCCAACAAAGAAGCAGAUGCCACAAUCAAGAGUCCCAAAGCAUUUCAAAUGUCCUCGUCACCUCUGGUUCUGCCCAAGCUGACUCUGAUUGGUCGGCCAGGUUCGUCCUUGCCUGGUACCCGGUCCCCCAAGGAACUCCUGGAAGAAGGAUUACUCAGUAAAAAGGCUAUAGUGGUAGAAGACAUGAGCAAUGAUGCAUCCCCAACCCUCAACAGUAUGCUCACCUCAGCUCUAGAGAUGCUACACACAUCCCGCUUGGACGAUGCAGAAAAACAACUUCUGCAGCUUUACCAGAGGAUGCAGGAGAAACCUGAGGAAAACACCCGCAUCUUAGUUCAGUGUCUGUCUAACCUAUCCGACAUCUGUGUACGGCGAAGUCGCAUGUGUCGUUCCAAUCAGAUGGAGUGGCAGUGGUUGGUCAUGCAUGCUAUUGCGCUGUUACAAUACACGGUGGACAUCUGCGAUUCUGAGAAGGAGGCUUCUCAAGACAAUCAAGAUGUAGAAUGGUUCCAGGAGUAUCACCAGACUAUCAUCACAAAGUGCAAGCCACUGGAGGACAGCUUUAACCGUGCACUUUACAACUGUUUGAAACACGAGGGCAGGAAGUUCAUGGAUCCCUAUCGCUCCUUCUCUCUACCCAACACCCCCACAAUGCCAAACAGGCUGGGACUAUUCCCACUGGCCUCUAGUCAUCAGUUUUAUGUUAACCCUGGUCUCAAUUACAAAUACUCCUCAUCGCUGAACAAAGAGAAGAAGGAGAGUGUGGAUGAUAUUAGUGUAGGAUUAGACUGGUUGUCCAAGUUCUACAGAUACUGCAGUGACCGCAUGCAGACAAAGAAUUUGGGAGAUAUUUAUAACAAACUCUUUAAGAAACGAUCUCGAGUUGAUAGUCUUCGAUGCGAUGAUGACAUGGAGAGUGUGGUGUCUGACUCAGCAGGGUCGCUGGACUGGGACCACAGUGACCUCCAGGGAAUCGAUGAAAUGGAAUCAGAACAAGAGGACUCCCCUAUCACUGAGCAGUCUUUCGCUUUAGCUGUUGCUGAGUGUGACAUGGGAAGUAAUGGCUGGGAUUUCUUCUUAAAUGACCGCAAAAAUUGUAAAUUCACAAGUGUUGUGCAAGUGGCAUCUCAAAAUCAAAAUAAUGACAUUGAAAAACUCGAAAAUAGGACAGUGUCAAAAGCAAAGGAGCAUGAAAAUGAUGGAAAAGAGAAAGAAAUCAUUUCACCUUUACAUGAGAAUAGCAUCAAACAUACUAUAGCCAAAUCAUAUGCCAGAUUAGCAGAGAAAAUGCUGACUGAGGGAGAGUAUGACAAAGCAGAGGUCUUGUUUGAACAGGUGUUGAGUAUUGUGGAGGAGAUUCAUGAUGGCACUGCAGGAAUGCUGAGAUUUGGUGCCAACAUCAGUAAAUUCCUAGGAACAAUCAAAUCCAAACAGGGCAAAACAUCGGAGGGCUUAGAAUACCUAAACACAGCACUAAAAACAUACAGGGAUCUUCAAGAUGAUGCAUCCAACUUUGAGAUUGCAGUAGCUUUGCUGGAAUUAGGCAAUGGGUACAGUGUAGGCAAGAACAAUGAUGAUGGCGUGUAUGAGGAUGCAAUUGCAGCUAUCUGUGAGUUUUUUGAAAAGGAUCUCUCUGACGAAAAUAUGAGCUCCAGCACAAGUUCUGGGAAAUCUGAUGCUACCAACCCCCGAACAGUGGAGGAGGAACAAAACAUUGAAGAGGCCAUCCACUGUUACAAGGAGGCUCUUACUCUUCUUGAUGCAUAUGAAAAUGAAAAACAAAAGGACGUGGUGGCAAAAUCUACCAUGAGGCUCGGAGAUUGUUAUUUUAUGCAGAAGGACUAUGACAGAGCACUCGAGUGUUACGAAAAAUCACUUUCUCUUUUCCACUCAUCAAGCACACUUGGACGUGAAAAUGUGAUCGAGCAUGCUCACGUUAUGUGCAUGGUGGGUGUCUGUAGUUUUAUGCUGCACAUGUAUCCAAGAGCAGUGUCCACUUUUGACCUGGCCCUUCACUUGAUUAAAUAUGCAUAUGGACUGACCAGUACUUUUCUUCAUGCUCUUCUUCUGUCAAUGAUGGGAAUUACUUACUAUAAAAUGAAAAACUAUCACAAAUGUGUCACUAUGUGUUAUCAGGGUUUCGAGAUCUUCUGCAGCAUUCAUGGAGAGAAACUUCCAACUUUACCAAAGAGGAAAUUCUGGUUAGUGUGUCAAAUACUCUAUGUGAUGGGAAAUUCCUACAACAUUCUGAACUUGCAACAGAAGGCUGUGAAAUACUUAACUGUUGCUAGAACUCUAAUGAUGGCCUGCAAAAUGAGGGAAAGAAGACAAUUCAUGCGAGUUCUCCAAGUGUUAGGCGAUUGUUACUUUGCACAGUAUGACUACAAAACAGCCCUACAGUUCUACAAUGAGGCUCUGGAAUAUGGGGAGUGUGAAAGUCAGGUCUCCUUUGAUGAAGUGUUUGACCCGAAUGCCAUCGGUGACAACAUGACAAUGCACAAUCAACUGGUCAGUAAGUCUGCUGAGGCCCACAUAAGCAUGCAGCAGUACCAGAAUGCUGUCCACUAUCUGGAGCAGGCACAUGACAUGCAGGAAGACAUGGGGAAUGAUAUAAAGGAGGACCUCAUACACACACUGACACAGCUAGGCCAGAUGCACUCUACAGCCGGAGAUGUGGAUGGUGCUAUUGAUUCUUUCAACGAGAGCUUGGAAGUAUAUCGAGAAAUUCAUGACGGACACUUGGGUAAAGAAAUGUGUGCCACACUUGGAAACCUGGCCACAAUGUGUUAUGUGAAAGCCUGUCUCUGUGAAGAAAUCGACAGAGAGCUGGAAAUGAUUCUGACCACAGAACAACAUUUCCAGGAUGCCAUGCAGCUAGACCUCAAUCCGAGUGUCUGUGUGAAGUAUGCAAACUUUCUAUACAGUCAGGGAAACUACGAUGAUGCAGUCAUGUACUUAGAAGAUGCUCUGAACAUUGAAGGAGUCAAUGAGAUCUCAGACAUCACUUAUGGGGGUCUGGAAAAAGUUACCCUCCCCGACUGUCUCCAAGACGAAGUGGACUGUCAAGAGGAGGUGGUCCUGUCCCCCACGGUUUUGGCCCGAUACCUCCUCAUCCUAUCUCAUAAGGCUCUGCACCAGUGCGAGCCUGCCAUGCGGGCUCUCAUCGGCCUUCAGAAAGAAGUUCUGGAGCGAGACAUCCCCAUCUUUUACUCAGUCCUGGGCUACGCCAUGAUGGAGCUGUCCCUUUUCGAGGAGGCUAUGUGGUGUUUUUCUUGCGCAGUAGACAUUGAGAGUGACUACAAACUGGCACUAGACAACUACUGUCUAUGCCUAUGUAUCUCUGUUUUCCGAACAUUCAUCAAAGGAAUUGAAGCCAUUUGUUCACACUAUAAGUUACCAUGUUAUUAUUAACAAUUCUAAAAUAUUUGGACAGAAAAAGAAAUCAAAACUGAUAAUAUUUCACACCACAAUGUAAUCAACCAAUGGCACAUCAUGUCUUCCAAUUUUACAGUUCCAGCUUUAUUUUUCAAUGGUUGUACAGUAUCUUUUAACAGUACAUUUAUUAUGUUUUGUGGCGAGUUAGGUUUACCCAUCAAAAACAUAAAAAAGAAACUUUGUCAAGGCAGUUUGAUUUGCUGUCUAAUUUCUUUUUAUAAAAAAAAAUGGAUCUUGGAGUGCAGAAAGUUUAUUUGUAAGUUUUAAUUUUUCUGAUAAUAGUAGUUUUACAAAGUUUAGUUUGGACUAAAUUCAUUUUACCUAAAGCUAAAUUAAUACAUAUACAAUAUGAUAAUUAUUAAAAAUUACCCAUCAAAUUAAAUGGUUAUUAUAAUCAUUUGAUUUGAUGUCUAAUUUCUUUAAUUAAUGCGGAUUAAAGUACAUUAUAAUGAAAUACUUUCACUGGUUUAGAAUUUUCUUUCACAAUAUUUAACCAAAAAAUAUGUUUUAGAAAUUUUGGAAGGGGGAUUCGAACUCAUGACUUACAGGUCUGUAAUGAACCCUCUAACCCACUGGGCUACACUGUAUUAUGACAAUGAUAGGAAAGAAACUAUUUAUAAUACUUGAUUUUAUUGUUUAUUUCGAUUAUUAAUACAACACAACAUGGAGGUGUCCCAAUGUAAAUAAUGAAUUUUUCAGUUAUAGAAUUAAAUCUAUCCAUUUAACAAAUUUUUCAAAAAAGCGGUCCCCAUUCAAUUCACCUCAGUUUAAAUCUGCCAAUACUGGAAUCACAUGCUUCCAGAUUAACUUUUUUGUGUACUGCGUCAUCAAAAAGUUGUGUAUAGAGCAACCUUAAUUUCAUUUUGAAAUCCUAAAACAGUAUCAGUUUUUUUUAUAAAUAUAAAAAAGUCAAUUGGCUUUAUCAGGCAGUAUGUGGUAAACACUCAAAUUGGAAAAGUCUGCCCUGGUUUUGUUGACUAUGCUAGAAAUACCCUGUGCCUUAUUGCUAGCGCUCUGGAGCGCUAGCAACUACCUUAAUCUUUUUCACUGGAAUACGCAUGCUCGACUCCAUAGUGGGGGAUUCUGGGAAUAAUGUACUUCUGUAGAUAAACCGUACCAUUUGAAUUCUGUUUUAUCAUCUUCACAUGAAGUUUUGUGUUUUAUUGAAAAUGUCAAAAAGUAACAGUAGCUUAGGUCUUAUAAUGCAAAGUUAUUUUAAAUAUUAUAAUAAAUAGCUAGCUUUAUCUUAAAUUCAUUCAAGCUCGGAAAACAACCUCGGAUAUAUAUGUUUUCCGAGCUUGUCGGAAACGCCCAAGAAGGUACGAUUGCUUCACAACAGUACCAAUGGUUCUUGAAAAUUUUCACCUUGAAAUUGAAACAUAAUGAUUAAAGCACAUGUACAGUCAAUGAGCUAUGCCAUUGCCGAUGUGAAACCCACUCUAGAUUCACAAUUCCAAAUUGAGACCCACUCCAGCACAAUUCCAGUACACCACUGUGCCUUCCUAUUUAAUUAAUCGAUUCAGGAAUUUAAACCAAUGUUUUAGAAAUCUGCUUCUGUGUUUUAGGAGGGCUAUGGCGCUAGCUCACCGAUCUUUUUAAAAGAUAAGCUUGUAAGUGGACAUUAUAUAUUUGUCAAUUAUUUUAAGUCUUAAGAGAAUAUUCCCUGUAAUGUAAUACAUGUUCAUGUAGUAAAUGGAAAUAAAGCUCCCACUAUUAAUUUAAAGUAAAGAAGACAAUAAUAAAUAGUAUGCACCUCCUGAGAGGUCAGUUUUGGUCAUCUGCAUGGUACAUCAUUGUAAUACAUUACUUCUAAUUUCUAUAUGUAAAAGGACAUCAACAAAUUAAUUCAUAGUAUAACAAAAGAAAGCCCUAAAAAUAUACAAAGGAAAAUGGCAGGGCUAAUUAAACACAUUAUCACAGAGCAAAAUUUGAUUAAUUUGUAGCAGUGCUAGUUUGUUAUACUGUUGAAUUCAAUAGGCAUUAAAUGAACAAAAACUUUAAAACAAGCACCACAUUGUCCAAAUUAAAGUGCAUUACUGGUAAUUGUUAAUAAUAGUAUAGUGCAACUUUUUACACCCUUGAUUGAGUAAUUUGUAAAACUGAUAUUUUAAUUUUAAUGUUCUAGUAUGUAUGGUAAUUAAAAUUGCAGUAUUCUCUUAGUCUUUCAAAAAUCUUAACUAAGCUAGGCUCUUUUUAUUAAGUUCAUGAGAAUACUGUAUUGUGACCUGUCAGUAGUGAUCACUUUAAGUGCCAUGUGCAUCAGUAAACUAGUACAUAUAUUAAAGCUUUGUAUAAAACUAACAAAGAGCUUGAAAUACUAGGGGUUUUUAAAGUGUUUUAUCAUUGAUCUGCCAUAUUGCCAAUAAACAAAUGAUUAUCAUCAAUUAAUUUAGCUCUAGAAAAAUUAAAAACCAAACUUUGUAAAUCCAGUAUUACCAAAAAAAUGAAAACUUAAUGAUAAUCUUCCUGCACCACAAGAUCCAUUAAUGUCGACAGCUGUUCCUUACCACCUUAAGGGGAUGAUAUCUAGGCCGGGAUUUCUCUCAGGUUGGGAUACAUAAAUCCUUUUAGUCAAUUUUCCCCUUUAUUUAUUUGAGUUAGUUUUGCAUUUAAGUGAACAUAUUUACUUAUAUAGACUUAUAAUAAAAUAUUUAUGUAUUUAUCAUUCCAACAUAAUACUAAGGAAAUUUUCUUCAACUCAGAAAUUGAAAAAAGUUCCCAAGCUAUUUGGGCCUUGGGACUUAGGAAAGAUAACUCUUACCUGUGGAACUUUCAUGCCAAAUAAAAUUUUAACAUUCAAAAAUUUUAUUAGUGCAAAUUUUUUAGUAUUUCCCCAAA